AUGGCCAAAGAUGAGGAGGAAGACAAGGGGAAGAAGAAGAAAAAGGGGAAGAAGCCUCCUGAACCAGAGAAACCCAAAAGAAGCCUCAAAGGUACCUCUAGGCUCUUUAUGGGCUUCCGGGAUAGGACACCAAAGAUAUCCAAGAAGGGUCAGUUCAGGAGUGCCUCACACUUCCUAUGGAGUCUCAACAGAGGCCCACAGAAGACCAAGAGGAAGAAGAAGGCCAAGACCGUGCUGCAAUCCACCUCCAAGUUGAUGACACAGAUGCGGGAGGGCAAGAGGAAGAAGGCAAUGAAGGAGAAGAAGCCAUCCUUCAUGGUGAUCCGUUUUCCUGGCAGGAGAGGCAGAGGGAAGCUAAAGCCCCGAGCUCAGGUGCUGAGCAAAGCAUCCACCUCCAUCAACUGGUUGACCAAAAGGUUCCUCAUCAAAAAGGCAGAAGAGUCAGGAAGCGAGCAGGCCUCCUUGGAUGCCUGGCUGAAUCGCUCGAGUUCUCGCUUUGGCUCUCAGAAGCUUCCAUUCCCUUCUGGGGCUGACAUCCUCAGGCGAGAGGGGAGGCUGAGGAGGUUCCCCCGAAGCCGAAGCUUGUAUGAGUCAGGAGAAACCAUUGGCUUCCUUCCCUUUGAGACAGAAGAACCCUUCCAUCAGUCUGGCUCCAGGAAGUCCCUCUAUGGGCUGGAAGGAUUCCAGGACCUGGGGGAAUACUACGACUACUAUCGCGAGGGAGAUGAUUAUUAUGACCGGCAGUCGCUCCAUCAGUACGAGGAGGAAGAACAGUACCGCUCCCCCUGGGGCUAUUACGGCUCAGAGUGGCCUAACUAUGGUGAAUACUACUACGGGUACCCUGUCCGAGACCCUUAUGAGUAUUACGAUGAUGAAUACUACGACAGUGAUUACUAUGACCACGAUUUCUACGGUCCUGGUUACUAUGACGAUGAUUACUAUGCCGACGAUUACUAUGGGGGUGCUCUCUACCUUCCCUAUAGCUUUGGCUACGGCUAUGAUGACUAUGCCCCACCUUAUGCUCCACCUUUGGGGUACUCACCCUACAGUUACUAUGAUGGCUAUGAAGAGCCAUCCUAUCCUUACAACUAUUACUUGGGUCCCUACAGUCCUUAUGAUGAGGUGGGGUACCACCCAGGAGGAGCUGAUGCCAUUUACCCUCCUGAGGUCCCUUUUCCAUACCCUGAAGGUCCCCCUUUUGACUAUGCCUGGGAACCUCCCAUCCCAUCCCCCCAUAAUCCCUAUGCCCACCCCAUGGAUGACAUCAUUGAGCUGGAAGAGGGAGAGCAAGAAGAGGAGCCAGGGAUCGAGCAGAAGGGUUAUACCUUCAAGCCACCCAGCACGUCCUUCUUUGAGCAGCAGGGCAUGGAGAAGUCGGCCACCUCCAAAUUGUCCUUGAUCAGGAAGUUCCGACUCUUUCCCCGGCCCCAGGUGAAAAUCUUUGGCAAAGAUAAACUGGACGUGCCCUUGCCUCCUUCCCUGGACAUCCCACUCACCACUGAUGAGCAAGAGGAAGAAGAAGAAGAGGAAGAAGAUGAGUACCCACCAGUCUCUAUGCCUUAUGCCCCAUACCUCCACCCUUUCUAUGCUGGCUUCCUGUCCCCACGGGACCGAAAUGUCCAAAGAGCCCUGUCAGCCUUUAGGAUGAGGAGAGACUUGGGCUUCCACAGAGAACUGGGCAGGCCCUCUCCACCAGCAACAUCACUUGCCCGAUUCAUAAAGAAAACCCUUUCGGAAAAGAAACCCAUCCCCAAAUAUGGUGGCAGCGCCCGCCGAAAGGGCACAGGCUCAUUCAGGAGACCAGCCGUGAGGGAGGCAGCCUACAAGCGCUUUGGCUAUAAGCUAGCAGGCAUGGAUCCUGACAACCCUGCCACUCCAGUGACUCUGAGGAAAUUCCGAGGCCCUACAACUAGCAACAGCUCCCAGAGUAUACCUCCCUUGUCUCCGUCCCCAGCGCCUUCCAAGAAGAGUGUCCUCAUCUCCCCACCUCCCCAGAGGAAGAACAAGAAUCCAGAUGUCAACUCAUCCCUCUGGGCCUUCUUACCCAACCUUUCAACAGGGCCCACGCAGCCCUCUCCCUAUGGCUCCUCUCCUUAUGGAUCCAUCCACCAAGGACCACCCUCGCCCCAGUCUUCCUUGCGCCAGAAGCCUUGGUCUCCCCCAGCACACCCUGUCCUCAGGCCACAGUCCAGCUGGUGGAGUCUCAUUGAACCACCUUCUGUAUCCAAUUUUCAGAAGCCAGAGGCUAAUCCCUAUCCAUUGUGGUUUGGAGGACCCCCAAGCAGGCCACCAACUCCUACUCCUUCAUUUCGGUCAUCUCUGAGGAGACCAGGCAUACUUGGCUUUCCAGGGCCUUCCAUGAGGAGACCAAUGUCCUCUGGAGACCUGUUAGGAUCCCCCCGAGGAUCAGGACCCCUUCCUCCCUCUCCACAGCCAUCCCUCAGGAGCUUCCGUAGCACAGGGGCUCACUCACCACUGAGGCCCUCUUCCCCACAGCUAUCUAUCCAUUCCACUUCUUCAUUGAUAUAUAGCCCUAGGCCCAGAAGGCCCCCCUUUUCACCUCCACUGGGAGCCAAGGGUUCCAGCCGUCAUCUAUCUCUUAGAGAACCUCUCUCCCCAAAUCCAUCACUCAGUCAUUUUGGGCCUCAUUCCCCCCACUUAGGGUCCCCUCGUCUCCCUCCUAGAGGUGGGAGCCAGCGUCUUCCCUCACCCCCACCAGGCCGAAGCCUGAGACGCCGGUCCCUUAACCUCCCUAGGGAGCCUCUCCACACCUGGAACGGGCUCAGUGAGCGUCCAACUAAGGCAGUAAAGCCCCAAGUGCAUCUUCCGCUCCAGAGGUCAUCACGCCGACGGGUCCCUCCCCAGACACCACCAGGUCCCUGGAGUGGAGAGGGACCCAUGCCUGAUGUACCUCCCCGACAGGACAGCCGCCGCUCACUAGGCAGGCAGGCGCCACCUUGGUUCCCACCCCCGCUAGCUCCAAGCUGGGAUGUGGAUCUCCCCCCAAUCCAGCGCCCCCCAUCCCCAUGGCCUGGCCUGACUGGCAGCCGGCGAGGCUUCUCCAAGAGACGCCGGCCACCAUCUUCAUUUCACAGACCCUUCUUCCAACAGGUUGGUCAUCCUGUGCCUGGACCCGCCCAUCCUCCAUCUCCUGUUUUCCAAGAAAGGGCCGGUGACUCAGCCCAUGUUCUCCUUGGUAGGCUUGAAGAGCCUGGGCCUGGCCAGGUCUCUAAAUCAUCAAAUGAAGAUCCCAUGAAGCCCGAAAAAGAGGAAGGCAUCGAUGCGCCCACCCCCAAUGCUUCUCCAGUCUCCAUCUCUCUCUCCUCUAGGGUCUCUGAGAAGUUUUCCCCAGGGCUCAUGCAGCGACGAAAGGCACUCAACAGUAGCUUCUCUUACCCACUGCCUGCUUCACCUGGUGCCACAUGGCGAAGCCUACGCAGAUGGGCAUCCUUACCCACAUCAUUGGUCCAGUCGGUCCCUUCCAUAGGACCUGCUGGAGCCCGAGAGAAAGGAGAGCGAGGUCCAUCGAGACCUGGGCGCUUUGCGAUUGUUAUGCCUCGUGUUCAAAAGAUGAGCUCCUUCCAGCGGGUGUCGGUGAUGCCCCAGCAGCUGCAGACUAGACAACCAACAGGGUCAGUGCAAGGCCUACCGAAGGCCCAGAAGCCCAGCUGGGUGCACGUCUCAGUGUCGACCGAGGCCUAUCGACGAUGGCCCAGAGUGACCGCAGGGACUUUGUCCCAUUACCUGUCUUGUGAGGUGUCCCUCCAGUGCCACGCCUUCAAGAGCCCCUGGGAGAAGGAAGGCCCAGUGAGCUGGAAGACUCAGAUGCACUCCAUCCGCAACCUGCCAUCCAUGAGAUACCGGGUACAGCAGGAAGAAGAUGGUGUGGAAGACAUGACCCAGUUGGAGGACUUGCAGGAGUCUGCUGUGUUGUCCAAUCUGAAAACCAGAUUUGAAAGAAACCUCAUCUAUACCUACAUUGGUAGCAUCCUUGUCUCUGUGAACCCUUACCGAAUGUUUAACAUCUACGGGAUGGAGCAGGUGUUGCAGUACAAAGGGCGAGCCCUGGGGGAGAAUCCACCGCACCUCUUUGCGACUGCGAACCUUGCUUACACCAAAAUGCUGGAUGCUAAACACAACCAGUGUAUUAUCAUCAGCGGGGAAAGCGGUUCAGGAAAGACUGAGGCCACAAAGCUGAUCCUACGCUACCUGGCCACCAUGAACCAGAAGCGGGACAUCAUGCAGCAGGUAAGGAUCCUUGAGGCCACACCCCUGCUGGAGGCCUUUGGAAAUGCCAAAACCGUGAGGAAUGACAACUCCAGUCGCUUCGGGAAGUUCAUAGAGAUCUUUUUGGAGAGCGGCUUGAUCUGUGGUGCCAUAACAUCCCAGUACCUCCUCGAAAAAUCCCGGAUUGUGUUUCAGGCCAAGAAUGAACGAAAUUACCACAUAUUUUAUGAGAUGCUGGCAGGACUCCCAGCCCAGUUGAAACAGACCUUCAGUCUUCAGGAAGCUGAGACCUAUUACUACCUGAAUCAGGGUGGCAACUGUGAGAUCCUUGGUAAAAGUGAUGAAGCUGACUUCCAGAGACUCCUCAGUGCCAUGGAGGUCUUAAACUUUAGCAUUGAAGACCAGGACAGCAUCUUCCGAAUUCUGUCUUCCAUCCUUCACCUGGGCAAUGUAUACUUUGAAAAGUAUGAGACAGAUGCCCAGGAAGUAGCCUCUGUGGUGAGCGCCCGGGAGAUCCAGGUUGUGGCGGAACUGCUCCAGAUCUCCCCGGAGGGACUGCAGAAGGCCAUCACCUUCAAAGUGACCGAGACAAUGAGAGAGAAGAUUUAUACCCCUCUCACUGUGGAAAGUGCCGUGGAUGCCAGAGAUGCUAUUGCCAAGAUUCUGUAUUCGAUGCUGUUUGGCUGGCUUAUCGACAGGAUUAACACAUUGGUUUACCCCCAGAAGGAUGUUCUUUCCAUUUCCAUCCUGGACAUCUACGGCUUUGAGGACCUCAGCUUCAACAGCUUCGAGCAGCUGUGCAUCAACUAUGCCAAUGAAUACCUGCAGUACUUUUUCAACAAGAUUGUCUUCCAAGAGGAGCAGGAUGAGUACAUUCGAGAGCAAAUAGACUGGAGAGAAAUCACCUUCACUGACAACCAGCCUUGUAUCAACCUUAUCUGCCUGAAGCCCUACGGUAUCCUCAGGAUUCUAGAUGACCAGAGUUGCUUCCCUCAGGCCACGGACCACACUUUCCUACAGAAAUGUCAUUACCACCAUGGCUCCAACCCCCUCUACUCCAAGCCCAAGAUGCCCCUGCCUGAAUUCACCAUCAAGCACUAUGCCGGCAAAGUGACCUACCAGGUGCACAAGUUCCUAGACAAAAAUUAUGACCAGGUGAGGCAGGAUGUGCUAGACCUGUUUGUCCGAAGUAAAACUCAAGUUGUGGCUCACCUCUUCGCCAGUCAUGCUCAGUUGACCUCUCACCACCGGUUGGGGAAGAACAAUACCCUCACUCGUCUCUACAAGGCUCCCACUGUGGCUGCUAAGUUUCAGCAGUCUCUUCUGGACCUAGUGGACAAGAUGGAGAGGUGCAACCCUCUGUUUGUUCGGUGCCUCAAACCCAACCACAAAAAGGAGCCUGAUCUAUUUGAGCCAGAUGUGGUGAUGGGACAGCUCCGAUACUCAGGGGUCAUGGAGACCAUCCGGAUCCGAAAAGAGGGUUUCCCUGUGCGCAUUCCCUUCCAGGUCUUCAUUGACAGGUACAGAUGCCUGGUGUCUCUCAAACAUGACAUACCGGCCACUGGGGAAGCGUGCGUCUUGGUGCUCAAUAGACUUUGCACAGUCACCCACCACAUGUACUGUAUUGGGGCCAGCAAGCUGUUCCUGAAGGAACAUCUGUACCAGCUGCUGGAGAGCAUGAGGGACCGAGUCCUGCACCUGGCCGUCCUCACGCUGCAGCGCUGCCUCCGAGGCUUCUUCAUCAAGAGGCGGUUCCGUUCGCUGCGCCGCAAGAUCAUCCUUCUCCAGAGCGUCUCUCGCGGCUACCUUGCCAGGAAGAAGUACCGGAAAAUGAAGAGGAAUUUGGUCAAGUUCAGAUCUCUGGUGAACAUGUAUGUGAACCAAAAGCAGUACCUGAGGGAACUGACCAAGAGAGAGGUGGUGAAUGUGGCCUGUCUUGAGGUGCCCGCUGAGCUUGCAGGACUCCUACAAGUGGUGACAGUAUACAAACAAGCAAAUGCUGGCUGCGUGGUUUCUGUCCGUACCCCUAAGCUGCAGAUUGACCCUCAGAUCGCACUGCCCCUCGACAUCAACAACUACCCGAUGGUCAAGUACAUCCAGGCCCACUUCAAGGAUCCCGCCUUUGGGAUGCUUACUGAGCCACUACAAAGCCCCCUUACCAGGCUAGAGAAGGAGCAUUACCCAGAGGCCAUCAGCAUCUUCAAGCUGAUACUGCGCUUCAUGGGUGAUCCCCACCUCCAUGGAGCUCAGGACAACCUGUUUGGGAACUAUAUUGUCCAGAAGGGGCUCGCAAAGGCUGAGCUGAGAGAUGAGAUCCUGGUCCAGCUGGCCAAUCAGGUGUGGCGGAACCCCAACAUCAUCAAUAAGGAACGAGGUUGGCUCCUGUUGGCCUCCUGCCUCAGUGGUUUUGCACCCUCGCCUCGCCUGGACAAGUAUUUGCUCAAGUUUGUCUCUGAUUAUGCCCACAAUGGCUUCCAGGCUAUAUGUCAGCACAGACUCAUACAGGCCAUGGCCAAAGCCCAGAAGGGUCCUGGAGCUGCCCGAACCUUCCCUCCAACCCUACUUGAGUGGAUAGUUACUCAAAAGAAGGCCAACAUGGCACUAGAUGUCUACUGCUUCAAUGGGGACCAGUUUUGUUGCCCAAUUCAUUCAUGGAGCACAGGGGAGGAUGUGACUGGAGACAUUUUGAGACACAGGGGGCUGACUGAUGGCUGGAGGGGCUGGACGGUCUCCUUGAAGAAUGGUAGCCAGUGGGCUGAGUUGGCGGGCCACGAUUAUGUCCUGGAUCUGAUCUCAGACAUGGAGCUUAUCUGGGACUUCCCAAAGCAGAAAUCCUACUUUAUCAUCACCUCGGAGGGGGCAGAGAAGGACAGAAGCAGCACCAGAAUGGUGUUUGGAAAUAAUUGGGACUCUGAUGAGGAGACCCCUGCCCUUCCCCGGCACAGAGGGCACUCCAUUCGGACGACAAAACUUCCCGACUCGGAUGGUUAUUUCAGUCGUGCAGAGUCAGACAGCUUCAAGGAGCCGGCUGCGCCGCAGAAGGGACUGGAUCGUUACCUAGAUAGUCUGUUUGACCCUGUGCUUGCCUAUGGAAACACGGAUCUGGAGAAGCCAACUGCUAUCUCCUAUAGGAUGAAAGGGGGAGGUCAGCCCAAAGGUGAUGAGGAGCCAGCUGGUCCCCCCAGAAUACCCCAAGAACCAGUCCCAGGCCUGGACCCCUCCACACUGGCGCUGCAGCAAGCCUUCAUCCACAAGCAAGCUAUGCUUCUGGCUCGAGAAAUGACUCUUCAGGCCAUGGCCCUUCAGCAGCAACAGCAGCAGCAGUUGACAGAUCCAGUCCCUUCCGCUGGAGCUUCCUCAGCCCCUCUGGGAGCCUCCCCCCAGCCCCUACCCCCCAAAAAGCCAACAGGGCCAGAUGCCCCUCUGAAGGCCAAGAGCAGAAGUCCACCCGCCAAGCCAGUGCUAAUCUAUGCAGCCCCAGCUCUGGGAGACCCUGGAGGAGUUGGCUUCCAGCCCAAGGCCUUAGUAUCUGGCUCUCCCUCGAAGACUAGGGGCUCCAUCCCACCUAUUAAACCAGUGGCCACCCCUAUUCGGGUACAGGACCAACAUUCUCCUUUAAAAACCUUUUCACCUUCCCCGGAGCUUGUACGUCACUCCAUCCUCAACUCGGAGCAUUUCCCUCAGCCCACCCAACAGAUCAAGACUAUAAUCCGCCAGUGCCAGCAGCCACCCAGAGCUCCAGACGGUCUCAGGAAGGAAAGUGGGAAGGUGUUUGUGAAGAAAUCGGAUCCUCAUGAAGAGGCCCUCCUGAUCCUGAAGGAGCAAAUGACCCACUCGGCCCCCAUCAACCUGGGAAGUCAAGGUCCCAGACAGACUGUGGCCCUGGUGAAGCCUGUGACCAGCACUAGGCCCCAAGGCCUAACCCCUGCUGCCAAACCUCUAACUUCAGCCUCCAGGCCAACCCUAGGCACUCCCUCAGUCUCACGGGCACUUGUUCCAGAGGAGGACCCCAUCCAAACACAGCUUCAUCGACAGGGCAACGAGACCUUCUACAGCUACCAGGGAGUGCCCUGGAAGAUAUACCUCCGAAAAGAGGUGUUUUACCCCAAGGACAGCUACAAUCACCCAGUCCUCCUUGACCUCCUCUUCAGACAGAUCCUCCAUGAUACCUUCUCUGAAGCCUGCAUCAGGAUCUCUAAGGAAGAGAGGAUGAAGAUGAAAUCCAUCUUUGUCCAGAACAAGUUGGAUUCGCUACACCCAGUGGUGAAUGAGAGUAUCAAGAGGGCAGUGGUCAGCGAAGCUCGAGAGGGCUGGGAAGUCUAUUUCUCCCGACUCUUCCCAGCCACGGGCAGCGUGGGCACAGGUGUACAGAUCCUGGCUGUGUCUCACGUAGGCAUCAAGCUCCUUCGCUUGGUAAAGGGCAGCUGGUCAUCAGGGGAACAGCUUCGGGUCUUACGGAGUUACAGCUAUACAGACAUCCUUUUUGUGACCAUACCUUCCAUGAACAUGCUGGAAUUCAACCUGGCCAGUGAGAAACUCAUUCUUUUCUCAGCCAGAGCUCCUCAGGUGAAGAGCAUGGUGGAUGACUUCAUUCUGGAACUCAAAAAGGAUUCUGAUUAUGUGGUUGCUGUGAGAAACUACCUGCCGGAUGACCCAAAUCUCUUGAGCUUCCACAAGGGUGACAUUAUCCAUUUGCAGUCUUCAGAGUGGCCUGAGAGGGGCUACAAUUAUGGCUACGUAGUCAGGAAGAAGGUCAUCUAUCUGGAGGAGCUGAAGAGGGGCACCCAGGACUUUGGAUGGAAGUUUGGAGCCAUCCACGGGAGGCCUGGCCGAUUCCCCAUGGACUUGGUACAGCCUGUGGCUGCCCCUGACUUCCUCCAGCUGCCCUCGGAGCUGGACAUGGGUGGGCCCCGGGACCAAUCAGGACGAGCAGCUGCCGUGGCCGUAGCCGUGGCUUUAACUGUGGCCCAGGAAUUUGGCAGGAAGACAGAGGCGUCCCUGGUUAGGGACAUCUCCAGGGAAUUUGAGGAGGAAACAUCCCGACUGGAGGUCUAUGGGGCAUCCCUAUUCCCCAGUCAUCAGUACACAAUGCUGGAAUUUGCUCAAAAGUAUUUCCGGGAUCCACAAAGGCGAUCCAUGGAUUCUUUCAGGCAGAAAUCCAAGAAAGGAAGAGAAUCCAGGGACGUGAGCAACAUGCUGAAAUUUUCCAAGACACCAAUCCAGGAAUCCCUCAUUGAGUUCAGCAACAGCAGCCUGAACAAGAUUACCACAGAGAUGUUCCUAGCUGUAAUGAAGUUCAUGGGUGAUUUCCCAAUGAAGGCCCAGACCGAGUUGGAUGUGCUCCGCUCCUUCUUAAAGCUGCCCCCUGAGACCACUCUGCAGGACCACGAAGUGCUUCGAGAUGAAGCCUACUGCCAGGUCAUCAAGCAGAUCACAGACAACACCAGCACUAAGCCGGACAGCUGCCAAAGAGGCUGGAGGCUGCCCAUCCUUGCAGCCUACCACAAGUGCUCAGAUGUCCUGAAGCCAUACCUCUUCAAAUUCUUCCAGGAUGUGCAGGAGUCCUGGCUUACACUUCCAGGGUGAGUAUUCCUGAGAGGUGAGGCUCAUGGUGGGGUCAUAGACCUACCCUUCCAGGGAAUUGCAAAAGCCUGUGAGCAGAACCUUCAGAAAACCUUCCAGUUUGGUGGCCGAAGUGAGCUUCCCAGCAACAUGGAGUUGAGGGCCAUAUUGGCUGGCCGUAGUUCCAAGAGGCAACUGUUUCUCCUUCCUGGAGGGCUUGAACGCCAUCUGAAGAUCAAGACCUGUACGGUGGCCCUGGAUGUGGUUUCAGAGAUCUGCAUUGAGAUGGGCCUGACGAGGCCUGAGGCCAUCAGUGAAUAUGUGAUCUUUGCUGUCACCAAUCAAGGCCAGAAUGUCUGUCCCUUGAGCCGGCGGGACUACAUCCUAGAUGUGGCUUCAGAGAUGGAGCAGGUGGACAGUGGCUACACGUUCUGGUACCGGCGCAUCCUGUGGACCCAGCCACUCAAAUUUGAGAAUGAGCUUUACGUCACCAUGCACUACAGCCAGGUCCUGCCUGAUUAUCUAAAGGGCCUCUUCAACAGCCUGCCCACUGGACAGCCUGGUGAACAGCAGCGACAGCAGGUGUCCAAGCUAGCUGCCCUCCAGCAUCGUGCCAAGGACAGUGUCUACCUGCCCAGUGUACGUGAAGCCCAGGAGUACAUCCACCCCAGUUCUAUCGCACAUUGAAGGUCAGGCCUGCUGAACCUGGUGAUCCAGCACAUGCAGCAGAUCCAGGCCCUGAGCCCCCACCAGGCCAGGGCCCAGUUCCUUGGGCUCCUCAGUGCCUAUCCCAUGUUCGGUUCCUCCUUCUUCUUCAUUCAGAGUUGCAGCAACAACACUGUGCUCACACCCUGCAUCCUGGCGGUCAACCAGAAUGGCCUCAAUUUCCUCAACAAGGAGACCCAUGAGCUGACAGUGAAAUUUCCUCUGAAGGAAAUUCAAUCCACACGAACCCAGAGACCCACUGCUGGCUCCAGCUAUCCCUACGUGGAGAUCACGCUGGGCAACUUGACUGUACAACGAAUCAUGCAGCUGCAGCUUGAGCAGGGCCUGGAGCUGUGCCGGGUUGUAGCUGCUCAUGUGGAGAGCCUAUUGUGUGCCCGAGAGAAACGGUUCACACUGCCUCCUAGUGAGAUCACCCUACUCUGAUUUGUUUCAACAUCUGCUUCCUUCCUUGGCCCACCCAAAACCUGUGGAAAAUCCUGGACAGGCCAAGGAGUGACUUCAUGUUGACUCGGCAGAAGGUCUACAGCAGAGUACCCCAGGGAUCUGUGUCUGGCCUUGGGUUACUUAUCCUUUUUUACCAGUGAUAUGGACAAAGACCUUCAUGGGAUGCUCAUUAGAUUUUCAGAUGAUACCAAAUUAAGUGAAAGAGUUAACAUAGCAAAUGACAAUGUCCGGAUCCAAAAAGAUCUAGAAGGCAUUGGACUGAAUCUAAGGAGAUGAAAUCUAAUA